GUUUCUGCAUGUACCACAGCAUACAGGGUGCAGCCCAGCUUGCCGCCCGCCCAGCAUGUCUACAACCAAACACCUUUCUGCAUCACUGUCCAUACAGGACAAGCCAUAACAGCAAGCACAUUAAAAAAAAGGAUGACGGCGCUUAUGGACAUGAUCACUACGCGCUCCCGCUGCCGAUGACUAGUAAGGCCUGGUCGCCUUUUCCCUUUGUAUAUCACUGCAUCGCUUCUUCUCAUCAUCCAUUCUCGUUUCUCCUCCUCCCUAGGUUUGGUUGCUGGUCUCCAUUAUCGUUGCAGAUAGUGCUGGUAGCUCAGAAGUUGUCCAAGGCAAGAAGACUAGCAAAAGAAAGCUCUUCCAUUCAAGCAUUAUCUCGCUUUCCUUAAUUAUUCCCACAGUUGCAACACGGCCUUUGCGCUGAAGAGUUUGCCAGACGGGCUGUCUACCUGGCCGUUCUUUGCUUUCCAAUCUUGGAUUAAUCGCUUUCAUCCCCAAAGUAAGUAGGCUUGUUUUCAAUUCUCAUUCCUACGACUUCGACAUGGAGCAUACCCUGCUUGCGGUACCAACUAUCUGUCCAAGUUGCAAUCAUCCCUAAGUGAAGUUUUUGGUCAGGUACAUAGAGUUUUAUUGCAGUCCCAGAUUGUCACAGUUUUGACAGUGAAGGACCGUACUACCUUAAAACAGCUUCGUUCUGUCGAGAGCCGUUGGUAUUGGUGGCUAGGAGCUGGAUCUCUUGACCACUUCAGUCUCCGGUUCUCCAGUUAAAUCAUACCUCAACUCGGCGUGUGCACAUAUCCAGGAUGACAGUUACUUCGCAGCCUGCGCCAGCAGCUGAAGCGUGCAGCUCUUCUGAAUCUACUGCGGCGCCCUUGAAAAGUCCUCGAACUGCCCGGUUUGCUGAGGCUACAACGAUUAUCUCUCCAAUUGAACCCUUUGAUCCAGAAAAGUCUUCAUUUGCGAAAUCUUCUGAACAGUCCCAGGGAAAGCAUAAUGUUUCGGACGUGGGCUUUGGAUACGUGAACGUGCGGGAACUUGGACAGGGCACAUCGCAAGUUCACCUUCCAGCCACCCCUCUAAAAUGUGCCUUGAAAACUCCAAAUUCGGUUGCACGGAACUUUAAUAUACUGAGUCCAACCUUCAAAGAAGAGUAUAUCUUGGACAAACAGGAAAAGACCACGGAAAAAAGCAAUGAGAAGGAUCUGAAAAUCAAAACCCGCGUUCGAGCGGCCAAGGCUGUCCUCCGCUUCGUAAAUUUUGGCUGCAGUCUCAUCGUCCUUUCCAUCCUGGCCACAACUCUGACUGUGUUUAAUGCGACAAAGACACUCCCUCCUCGCAACAACUUACCUCCAUGGGCCAUUGGAACGAACCCAUGGCCCCAAUACCUGCUCAUAGCUUUAGCUUCCGUCUCACUGUUCGCAUGCUUGAUUGUGUUCUGGGGUUAUUACAAAGGUGGCCACAAACGCGCGCAAAAGCUUGCAGUCUAUUAUUCAGUCUUUUCAGUCGCCUUUUUUGUCUUCUCCCUCAUCAUGUGGGUUGUGGGAGCGGCAGUUUUCCAGAACGCAAAGGCCUCUGGAAACGGCAAGGAUCUUUGGGGUUGGUCCUGCCAGCAAAACACGAGAGCACAGUUGUUCCAAAAUGAUGUCAACUAUAGCCUCAUCUGCCGCCUUAUGGAUUGGACCCUAGUUUGCUCGAUUAUCGAAAUCGUCAUCGAAGUCUUGGUCAUUCUUAUAUAUGCAGUAGUUUUCUACAGAUUUUGGUCCAAGCGGCGGCUGAGGAAGACAAUGGACCUGCGAGAUAAGGCCAGGUCUAACUUGUAUCUGGCUCAACUUCGUCUUCAAUCGGCACCGAAUACCUCAGGGUUUGCCAGUCCACGGUUUCCCAAGUCACCGUAUAACUGGCCGAUGCCAAAAUAUGAAGACAGCUUUUCAGCUGCAGAGAAGGGAGAAUAUUAUCCAACUCAGUACGCAACAGCCCAGCCCUCGACAAACCCGCUCCCAACGGUUCAGCUCCAGCCUCCGCCUGCUCGUGCGCCGAGUACGACGCCUAAACCAGCACAGGGGAUGUUCUCAACGCCGGCCCCAACUCAAAAGGAGAGAGUCAACGACCAUAUAGGUGCAGCGCCUGGCGAGCCAACUUAUGACGCUGUGCCCAUACCGGGUGCCUACUCGCGUCUCAACGCUGACAUUAGCUUACCCCCAGCUGCUCACCGAUGAAAUGCUCUGCUCUUUGCGAAUAUGAUUGAAUAUCAAUGGAUGGAUAUCAGUAUUAGAUUAAUCAAAACGAGUAUUUAGGGAAACUUUUUUCUUUCUCAUUUUUGAGGGCUGCCAUUACAUUAACUGUGUCUCUUGAACGCUGCCUAUGUUACGUAUCCUCGUUUUCUGUCUCGCUAUAAUGCCUAAGCUUCCGGUUAUGGUUGAGUAUAUUGUUAUUGUAACUUGCGCUGAUAUUUCGUUCUUCCUUUGUUACAUUUGUCUUGUUUGUUGGCUCCCCCCUCCCUUCUUUAUUCCUUUCUUUUCUUUUUUGCGUCAUCGGCUUGUAUUAAGACACUGGAAGAGAAGGAAUACGGAGUACAGGUUAUAUCCAGAUGUUAUCUAUUACCUCUCAAACAAGGAAAGGAAGGGUUUAAGAAGAGUAUGAAGGAUUUUUUAAGGCUGACCUCAUAUGCCCAGGAAUAUUGCAUUGUGAUGUUCAUCUGUUGAAUCGGACAUUGCUAUACUUGGGUCACUGAUUUCUCUCUAUGCUAAUUCUGAGCUAUCCUUGCCCGACCAUCUCAGAAGCGCCACCGGCAUUAUGAGUUGGCCUGUCAGUAUUCUGGAGCAGUCAAUUGUCUAGUCAAAGAUUGAAUUUAGUAAGGAGACACGCCACUCCCAUUGCUAACUAGCUCAUUUCCAAAUUGAAAGCCACCGUUCUGAA